GUCAAAAACAUUACCCAGUAGAAAAAAAAUACUUCUCAUAUUAGUCGGAAGCAUACUUUUCAACUUAACUGAAUUAAGAGGUUAAUUAUUAAUCGAAAAAUAUUGCGAAAUGAUAUGGAAUAGCAGGGAAUAAGUCGUAUAAUUAUACCAAUAACAAGCGAAAAGAAAUAGUGGAGAGCACCCACACCAACACACAGAUGGCCGGCUAUUGCUCGCUUCCGCUGGCACCGGUUACGGCCACCGCUGCCAUGGCAGCAGCAGCAACAGUCGCGGCCGCAGCACCGCCACCCAGUGCCGGACCGACGAUGUAUCAUCACCAGUCGAUGACGGCUAUGUCGAAUAACGGUAUUAUCUAUCAAUCGGCGGUACACGCCUCCAUACACAGUUUGAAUACAGUACAAAAUCAACAACGUUCUACAACAACACAUCAUCACAUUUUAGCGACGGCGACGGCGACUGCAACAGCAGCAGCGGUAGCGACAACAACAACACGUCAAUAUGGCGGAGGAGGAGGUACAGCAACAUCACCGCCGCCUCCUUUGCCACCCGCACCACCACCCUCUGCGUCGGUGAGCAACGGUAGUGUUGGCGCCGCAGCGGUGAUGCCGGCUAGUGCUGUAGCAGCGGGCCAUCAUUCUUUGGCUUUGGCCAUACCGCAGCAUCACCCCCAACAAACCCACCACCACCUACAACAACAACAACAACAGCAGCAACAACAUUUACACCCGUUGCAACAUCCCCUAGCCCACCAUCAUCACCGCCAACAACAACAACAGCAACAGCAGCAGCAAUCACUGCAUCAGUUGCAGCCUCACCAUCACCACCACCACCUGCAACAGCAUGCGUUCAACGCACAACAACAACAGCAGCACCAUCAUCACCACCAUCACCAUCAUCAUCACCAGCAGUUGGCGCUGCAUCAGAACCACUUGUAUUUCAGCGGUGCAGCUGUGGGUGGUCAUAUCGCUCACCACGGGCAUCCACACCACCAUCACCAUCGCCAGAUCUUCAGUCAGAUGCAAGCCGCCAUUAUGCCGCUCAAUAUAAAUGGCGAACCUAUCAAACUUCCAGACAAUUUGGAGAGCUUGCCAAGGGCUGACAGUUUCCCGUCACAGCGACAUCGGUGGAAUACAAAUGAGGAAAUCGCAGCAAUUCUUAUCAGUUUUGAUAAGCACAAUGAGUGGCAAUCCAAGGAAGUCAAAACCAGACCGAAGAGCGGUUCGUUGCUGUUGUACUCCCGCAAGAAGGUGCGCUAUCGUCGUGAUGGCUACUGCUGGAAGAAGCGCAAGGACGGCAAGACGACGCGCGAGGAUCACAUGAAGCUGAAAGUGCAAGGAACAGAGUGUAUUUAUGGCUGCUAUGUUCAUUCCGCUAUCCUUCCGACUUUUCAUCGCAGGUGCUACUGGUUGUUACAGAAUCCCGAUAUAGUUUUGGUACAUUAUCUGAACGUUCCAUAUCCCGAUGAUAAUAAAAUGGCUGUCAUUGCUCCGAGUAUAACACUGUGGGGCGAUAAAAAAGAGUGGACGAAGGAUGAGCUGGUUAGUCAACUUAAACCUAUGUUAUCCACAGUUACUUCGGAUGAUGAUUCUGAUUCCGGCAACGAUAUAGAAAUAUCGACCGCCGAGACCGUAGAAUCAUUGGUGUGCCAAUUGAUGGAGAAGCAACGUCUGUCACGACAAGCGGCGUUGGUCAAGCAGCUGGACUGUGGUUGUGGGGAUGCGUCAUGUGCCGACGGCAAAACCUGUUCGCAUCCGGUAAUGCGGCGACCUACACUAUUGAAAUCCGUUAGCGAGAAGCGCCUUAGCAUUGGCGAUGGUUAUGGGUCGGGGACGAGCGGUACGCCUAAUGUCGUAGUUGGUCAGAAGCUUUACUCGCGUUGGUCGGAGCGACGACUGCGCGAUGGUGGCGAACAGCAACACCAUCAGUAUUCGGGCACUCAUCAUAUGCAACAACAGACUUUACCGCAGGAGUCGGCGAUUAAAUUCCAAAUCAUUCCACCACAACACAACGAACAACAACAACAGCAGGCUUCCUAUCAACAACAACAACAACACUAUCGACAGCUGACUGCGCGAAACAAUAUGAUGUUACAGCAGCAGCAACAGCAACAGCAACUGCAUCAUCAUCAGCAGCAACAACAACAACAACAACUACAGCAGCAGCAGCAAUCAAAUUUCAAUCAAAACUCAUCAACAAUUUCCAACAGCAAUCAUAACAAUCAAUUAAAUUUGCAACGAUUUGUAGGUAAUAAUAACGGCACCAACCACAGCCACAACAACAACAGCAACACCACCAACAGCAGUAAUAAUGUCAACAAUGGCGGCAAUAAUAAUAAUUCACAUGUAAAUCAUCGCUUACGUAUUGCAAAAACAACAAUAACAGCUACCUCGGCUGCUGUUGCCGCUUCGGCAAUCAUCGAGCAGCAGCAAGAGAGAGCUGGUGCGACUAUGGGGCGCGUGAUGGGAAUGCAUGAGGAUGAACUAAUUGGAAACCACCCCAACCACACGCCGUCAAAUGUCCAUGGCACGAUUAACCGCAGUGGCAGUUUUGGGAGUGGUGGCGCAAACGGCAAUUGUAGUCAAUUAGUGUUGACACCUCACCAGCAGCAGCAGCAACAACAACAACAACAGCAAAAUGCCAUAAAUAACAAUGGCAAUUACAGCUUCAAUAAGCAUCAACAACAACAACAACAGCAUAAACAAACUGAUACACUCGCUUCUUCCACUUCUUCCACACAACAACAACAACAGCAGGAGCAAGAUUUUUACAAUCAUCGUCUGCAGCAACAGAAACAAACAACGAAUGACAUAAAUAUGUCCUCCAUCUCCAAUUCUUCCUCGCAAUCACCACAACAACAACUCCAGCAAAUGCAGCACUCACACCCCCACACGCAAUCUCAAAUGCACACACACCAACAACAACAACAACAACAGCAGUCACAACAAUCACAGCAAGAACAACAACAAUCAGCAAAUACAACGACACUGGAUAUUGCCUCGACGACAUUCUCAUCGUCAUCGUCCUCCUUGUCCACAGUGGAGCCGAUGUGUAUGUCGCCAGAGCACCAACCUUCGACACCAGUGAGUCCAAACACGCUAGGCUUAAGUAGCAAUAGUGAUCCCUUACAGCAACAUCAGCAACAACAACAGCAGCAGCACACACAAUCGCACGCAACUUCUUCGUCGAAUAUGGUGGGCGCAGGUGCGUUGACCACGUCAUCACCCUCGUCUCAGUCGAUUAUGAGUGAUAAUGUGGGUCAUCAUCAUAAACACCCGAGCGUUGGCGAUACAUUGACAGCCGAGACCACAGGAGUUGAUGAAAAUUUAAUUGGCGAGAAUGCUAGUGAGCUGAGCAAAUUCGAUUCACCUGCAGAAAAUGAUGAUGCAACGGAGAUGUCAUCCGGUAGUGAUAUGAAACAUAAUUCAAAUACUUCCAAAAACAACAACCACAACAAUUGUAACGACAACAAUCAAGUAAUAGAGUACAACAGCAACAGCAAUACCGAUGGUUGUGUAAAUAUUGGUGCUUCCAACGAUGAUGCCAAGGUAAACAAUGUAAAACAACAACAGCAACACGAACAAACCAAUCCGAAUUCCCAUGAAAAUUGUGAAACAGAACAACAACAGCAACAACAAAACUCACAUGCUAUUGACUUUGAAUCACUGGAGCUGAGCAGCAAUGGUAGUGCAGCCGUAGGUCAGCAGCAGCAACAACACCACCAACGACAAUCAGCUUCACAUUCGACACAUGAUUUGAACGAAUCAUUGAGCUUCCUUAAUGAGACACUCGAUCUCUCGCAGGAAGACAUCCAACGUACCCUCAUUGCGAAUUUGCCUUUCGGCGCGGCAAAUCCGAAACUGACAACUUCCACGGCAACAGGAGCUGGCGAGCCGCAUAUGUUGAACUCCAUUGACUUUUUGAGUGGAAAUUGUGUGGGUCAAAAUGACGAUGCGAUACUCGUGCACGGUGUUAGCUGCGAGGGAGACGACGAGGACGCCGAUGAUGUGUUUGCCCAUUUGGAUGCGUUCGAUAUGCUAGUCGAAUUCCCAGAAUUGGAUCUGGAUGACAAGGAAGCGUUAUCGAAUACCGUACACCAACAGCAGCAACAACUGCAACAACAACAAGCCGAUAUACACGUUUCAUUAGAACAGCUAAACAACAGUCAAGCGCACUGUUCUUCUGGCUUGGUGGCGGAUAAAAAGUUGCUGAAUAUUAGCGACUUCAGUCCGGAAUGGGCGUACACAGAGGGUGGGGUCAAGGUGCUUGUGGCCGGGCCAUGGAAUGCGAAUACCACAUACACGCUGCUCUUCGAUGCACAGCCGGUGCCGACGCAGCUGAUACAAGAGGGCGUGCUGCGUUGCUACUGUCCACCGCACGAGGUCGGUUUCGCUACACUGCAGGUGUCUUGCAAUAAUUACAUUAUCUCCGAUACGGUGUUAUUCGAGUACAAGACUACGCUAUACCAAGAACCGCACUUCGAUGCGUACACCAAUGAUUGUCUGUACAAGUUCACACUCCUCAACCGACUGGCAUUGAUAGACGAAAAAAUGCAGGUGAAAACGGAAGCAACGGCGACCCUGUUUGAGCAGCAAACCCUUUUGCUGCACAAAAACUUCGAAGAUCAAUUAGUUGGCUAUUGUCAAGAGCUUAUGAAACGCACCUGGCUGCAAAAUGGCAGCAACUGGAGUGGUGGCUUCAAAUCUAUGACGCUACUGCACUUAACAGCCGUGCUCGGCUACUCCAAGCUGGCUUGCGCCUUGCUCAAUUGGCGUGCGGAGAAUCCAAAUAUCAUACUCGAGACUGAGAUUGAUGCACUGAGUCGUGAUGUCUACGGCUAUACACCGAUGGCUUGGGCUUGUGCACGCAAUCACGUUGAAAUGACCAUUAUACUAUAUAAGUGGAAUCACAACGCCUUGAAGAUCAAAGAUAAUGGUCAACAAACACCCCAGGACAUCGCUCAUUUCAAAGGCCAUAAAGCACUCUUGUCAGAGAUUUACCGUCUGGAGGAGGAGCGCCUAAAGCAAAAUAAAAAGAACACAUUUGGCAACAUAUCCCUGAGUCUAAAUAAAUAUUCGCUAACUGAUGUACAAUCAAAAUCACAGAACACCAACGAACAAAUUUAUGAUGUCAAAGACAACGAACAUGUUUUUAAUACAUUAGACGCUUUAGAUAUGCAACGUAGUCAUGAUGGGGUCUUCCUUCGUCCCGUAGCGGUGGCAAGCAAUCAAAGUCCACCGAACGCCAGUCGUUUCUCCAAACGCUCAUCGGUCGAUAGUGGAAUCAAUAUGGAUAUUCGUACGAAAUCGGGUAAAUCCUUCAAGGAUAUAACACGUUUGCAGAGUUUCGAAACGCAUGACAAUUUUAAAUUGGCCGUGGAAUCAACUCUGGACACGCUGGCCGCAACAAAUACAACGAAUUCUCUACUCUCGCCAUCGCGCAAAAUGGACUUUGCAUUGUGCGAGGUAUCAACUGGCGAUUCAAGUCCCUUACCCGACAAAGAUCACGAUGAUACAUCGACGAUCAAUAAUGAUGAUGUAAACGAUGUGACUAUAAGUAAUGAGAACGAUGCUAUUGUAGGGGAUUCGGAUGCCAAAGUUCUCACCUUAGCGGAACAUAUUAUCGCUGCCAUGCCGGAGCGCAUUAAGAACGAGGCCGACGAGAUGAUGGUGCUCGGCAGUCCACUAACUGAACCGCUCAACUCUGAUUCGCCCAGCUUAAAUAACGGUUUUAUGGAUCCACUCGAUUCGCUACCGAAUACCCACUAUGAGAGCUUCGAUUUCAAUGAUCACAGCUACCGUUAUCACGAUGUCAGCACACCAUGCUCUAGUCUGAGUCCCGCCAGUUCGGGCCCAUUGCAAUCACCGGCCAGUUACUCCAUACUGGGUGCCGAUCCCUCUGUUAGCUCACCUAGUCCACCACCCUCAACUAAACAGUUGACUGAGUUUUUACAUGCUUCCAGCAGUAGUCAGUAUCCAUUCGAAGCUGACUUCUCGAAGCUAACGUUGACAGACACCGAACAACGGGAAUUGUACGAGGCUGCCAAAUGCAUACAGAAAGCAUAUCGCUCAUACAAGGGCCGCCAGAAACUGGAGGAGCAGAACAAGGAACGCACUGCCGCAAUUGUCAUACAGAAUUACUACCGUCGCUACAAGCAAUAUGCCUACUAUCGACAGAUGACGAAUGCCGCGCUCGUUAUCCAGCAUGGAUAUCGGUCGUAUUGCCGUAAUAAGCGCUUCAAGAAAUCGCAGUCGUCAUCCAUGUCAAUUGGCAUUGAGUUGUCAGUUGGCGAUAGUCAGAGCAGUCCCACAUCGCAAUGUUUGUCGAGUUUCUACGAUCAUUUUCGUAACGAUCAGCAGCAGCAGCAGAAACAACAUGACUUCAGUUCACAGCCAAGCACGCCGAAGGAGACAAGCCCAUCCGGUCCAUUGAAACGUACUUAUUCACAAUCAACCCAAAAUCAAGCUGCCAGAAAAAUACAACAGUUCAUGAGACAAUCACGAAUAAAACUGCAGAGAGAACGAGCAGAAAAAGAGAAGCUGGUGCACCAACGCAGGGCGGAAUACCUUCAAAGCUUGCAGUAUCAAGAACAACCGGAAAUUGUCUGCCAAGUCGAAAGAAAUGAACUGCCCACUUCAAGCACGACAAGUGAGCUUGCCAAUGCGACCAGUGUAAACAACACUAACAACAAUAUAUUUACCUACCAUUUGGGUCAAAACCCACAAUGAGCUGUGGAAAUGAAGUAAUUUUGGAACAAAGAACCCAUAAAUGGCUGCAGUCAGAAAGAAAUGAAAGCGCUCUCUUCAUAUACGAAAGCGCUUUGCGUCGAAAAUCUUGCAUAAAGUGACGCAACGUUGUUUACCGUUAUACAAAAUGUAGUAAAUGGAAUGAAAUUGCAACACGUGCAUACUUAUUAUAUACAAAACUGAAUUAAAUGCAUGUAAAUACACAAUUUUUAGGUAUUGUUUAUAUAUACUAUAUAUAUACAUAUACAUAGGUACUUACGCAUAUAGUAUGUUAUACAUUCAUAUGCCUAUACAUAUAUAUUCCAAAAACCAAAUGGAGCAAAGCAAACCAACUAUAACCUAUGACUAAUUGUAAAUCUUUCAAUAGCUUUAUCAUACUGAGUGAAACUUUCUAUUCGCAUAUUUUUGAAAUAGAAUUUGUAGUACGUCUUAUUUACGAUUACAUAAUAUACAUAAUUACACAUGUAUGCAUUUUUGAUUACUCCUAAAGAGAUAAAGUACUGUAAAUUGUACAAUGAAUUUAAUUUUUUACUUUUGCUAUUGCACGGUUCUGUAGAAAACUCGUAGCAACUCUUCGCCUUCUUCUCGAAAUGCAGUUCCCCAAUAUGUAAAAUUCAAGCAAAAUGUAUUUAGUAAACAUUACAUAAUCUUAAAUUUUAAAUUGUUGACGAAGUGGAGAAGAAGGAAGAGUAUGUGGAGUAUGUUUCAUAUUUAAUAAUUAAUAUGCACCAGAUAAAAAAUAAAACUUUUUUGCCUUCUAAAUAUAUUUAUAUGUAAGUGAGGAAUUAACUAUUACUACUAUUAACUAUUAAAUAACUAUUAAAUCGAUUAACUACUUAUGUAGCAACAACAACAAACAAGAAUAACAUCAAAACACUUUUUACGAAUUGUUGGAGUUUUUUCUCUUUUCUUAUAACUAAGCAGUGAGUCGUUGAUUAAGUCCUACGAAGAAUUUUAAAAAAAUCACAUAUAUAUAUAUAUAUAUAUAUAUACCAACAAAGUAUGUAGUAAAAUUAUUAAGCAUAUAUUAAAUGGUAAUGUUACUUAUUUUUUUUUACAAAAAAAUACCAAAAAACAAAAGCAACAUUUAACGUGUCUCUUCUUUGUUUUUGUGUUGCUUUUAUUUUAACUAGAACCGAAGAAGUAGAAUUUAAAGAAGAAUUUGAAACUUGAAAUUCAUACGCAAAACUAAGAGAACUUAUUAAAGAAGCCUUCUAUAAAACUAUAUAUAAACAAGAACAAACUUAACUGAAACUAUUUUAGAUGAAAUUAAUAUAAAAAUAUGUAAUGUAAUGUAUAAUGUUGAGGAAUACUAGCAAAUUUAAUAGUACACCUUGUAAACUUUUUAACCACACUUGCAUGUAGUAAACGAAAGCUCUAUUUGUAACGUACGUAUAUAUACAUACCUACAUAUAUAUACAUGAAAACUUGAUAGUAUAUAUUUUUAAUUAUGAAUUAAAAAAUAUAGCAAAAAACAAAAACAAAACCAGAAAACAGAACAAAUGAAUUAUGCAACUAUAUAGAUUAGGUUACAAUGCGAGAUAAAAGGCAUUUUCGAAAUACGUUCAUUACGUUACUUAGCCAAAACAGUUAUACAUACAUAAUGAAAAUUUCAAAAAUAUAUUAAAAUUAGCAAAAGAAACAAGUGCGUUUUUAAAAAACAACUAUCCACUACUAAAAUUACUAGUUAUUGAUAUAAAAAAAUAUUUAUGCUUUUAAAUCUUUAGAAAAAAUAAAAAAAUAAAAAAAUAAAAUUAUUAAACGAUAAACUUACUAUGGAUAAUCUAUAAAUAUUUUAAUGGUUGAUUAAGAAUUUGCAAUGAUUUCUAAAAUCAAAAUGAAAAACAAAAAUUAAACUUUAAAAACUUAACAUUUAUAAUAUAUACAGACUUUUGACUUAACUUAAACUCCACACAACGUUGCUUUGUCGACAGCGCGUUUCAAAUAUAAAUACACAAGAACCAAAAUGUGAGAAAGUGCUUACCAAAACUUGCAACGCAAAGAAUUUGUACUGAGCUAGUAGUAGAGAGCAGGUGCGCCUAGCGAGUGCACACGAAUAUGUUCGGUUUUCCUCGAAAGCAGCGCAUGGAAUUGAGUUGUAAUACGUUGAAUUGAAUAAAAGCAAAAAAAAAUAUUCUUAAACAAAAUAUAGAUUAAAAUUGUUUUUAAAGUAUGAUAACACAUUUAUUUUUAAAUGUGAUUAUAUAUAUACAUACAAAUAUAUAUAUAUAUAUUAAAAUAUAUAUUCUGCUCCCCUAUUUAUAAACUAUUAUAUUCCUAUUACCUAACAUUAAAGCAUAAUCAAUUGAAUAAAUAAAAUUUAUUAUAUUAAAUAACAAACAAGCAAACAACAACAAGAAAAAAACAAUAAAUUUACUAUAACUUUUUAUUAUUGCUAGCGUUUAAGUCGUUUUCAAACUCUACUCUCACUCUACUAUUCAGAACAGUACUACAUAAUUAAUAAACAACAACUAAAUAGCACAUAGACAAGCGUUUGAUAGCAUAGAGUUGAGGGUGUGUGUGUGUGCGGUGAACGGAGUUUUAUAAUAAAUAUUCCAACAACUGCAACAGAAAUUGAGAUUUUCUACAAAUUAUAAUUUACAAUUCCAUUGCAGUCAUAGAAAGCAAUGAAUUACAACAACAAAUCAUUGAAAUUGUUUAGUUACUAUGGUUGAGAGCAUCAACGGAAUUUAUAAGUAAUUUUUCGCUCAAAUUUCAAAAAACUGCAAUCGAUGAAACAAAAAUACAAAAAUGUGCUGUGCAGAGAACCUUAAUGGAGUGUAAACCGGUAUAUAAUUUAUUUGUUCAUGUGAAGCAUUACUUUAAUUAAUAUAUUUUUGUAUCUUAUUAAUUUGUUUAUAUUUUUAUUAUUAUUAUUUUUUUUUAAAUAUAUUUUCUUAUUUUUUUGUAUUAAUAUUAUAUUAAUGAGUUAUAAUUUGUUUGCACAGACAACUCAUCCUUUGAAGAGGUCAUAGAAGAAGUAUUCGUCUUUUUACAAUGUUGAGCUCGCUAUGUAGUUUUGGUGCAAGGAAUAAAAAGUAUUGCAUAACUCUAGGCGUCAGAUUUUAUUCACUCAACAAAUUCGAGUUGCUGCUGGUUUGAGUUAAGCAGUUUCUAUUGUAAAGAAGCAAGCUGUGCGCUUGAGAUGUGGUGAAACAAAAAUAAUAAUAAUAAACUGAAAAUAAUCAGUCAAAACUGAGAAAUUAGUAAUUUUUUUAAUAAUCAAAUAAUGUCAAUACAUCACUUUUUUCAAAAUGUAUAUGGUCUAUUUUGUAUAGAUCCGAAUAAUAUGAUAUAUAGGGAUGACUUACAAAUAAUUGUCGGGCAAUGUUUUCCGUUUGAGAUAUUCUAUAAACAGUUGCGUUUUUGUUGUUUCGAACUUCAACCAAAUUGUUUUGUCGCCCUAUUCUGCAAAUCGGAAUCGUGACAAUUUUCCUAUUCAUAUUCGGCAAGAUAAACUAGAUCGAUUUUGAAUCCAAAUUACAUUUAUUACAAUUAAAACAUCUGUUGCCAAGAUUUGUGGAAUUUUCGUGUCCGUCGAGUGCAUUAAGAUUCUCGAACUUUUGGGGUAGAAAGUUAGUGAAUCGGAAGAAGAACGUCCACAUACAAGACGGGAAGCCACUACAUGUUUCCGAAACUCAAGAAG